ACCCUGCGGGUGUGUGUGAUCGAGAACAAGAGGACGGGUCCGAGGACGAAAUUUAAAUCGAAAUCGAAAUUAAUUCAGUGUCAUUCCGUAUCCUUUCUGGCCAUGCGCAGGCGCAAAGUGCAGAAUCAUUUUCGUUGUGAAGAGUGUGCGAAAUAAUUAAAACUCAAGUGGCCACGAGCCCGACCGAAAACAUUUCAAGUGUCAACCACACAGAACAAGCCUCGAUUUAAGUAUUUGCGUGCAAAAUUCGUGAAAUUCCGAGAAGGAGCCACCCCAACGACGCGGAACGGUUCGAUUAUUGUGCUAUCAUCAACAGUAAGGAGCCGCAAAAUGGAUUUAUCGAGGCGGUUGUGUACAACUGCCUUGAUAGCAUUCAUUGUACUGGCUGGCAUACCCGACUCCCAGAGUAGAUUUCCCGGACUGAGACAAAAAAGACAAUAUGGCGCGAAUAUGUAUUUGCCGGAGAGUUCCGUGACGCCCGGCGGAGAGGGCGACGAUCCCAAUGAGUGGACGGAAUGGAGCUCGCCGUCGGACUGCUCCCGAACAUGUGGAGGCGGUGUGUCCUACCAGACGCGCGAAUGCCUGCGCCGAGACUACAAUGGCGAGGCAGAGUGCAGCGGCGGCAAUCGUCGCUACUAUUCGUGCAACACGCAGGACUGUCCGGAGGAGGAUCCCGACUUCAGGGCCCUGCAGUGCUCGCGCUUCGACGACCAGAGGUUCGACGGAGUCAUGUAUGAGUGGGUGCCCUACUUGGGUGCCCCGAAUCCGUGCGAGCUGAACUGCAUGCCCAAGGGCGAGCGCUUCUACUAUCGCCAGAAGGAGAAGGUCGUCGACGGCACCCGUUGCAACGACAAGGACAACGACGUGUGCGUCAACGGACAGUGCAUGCCCGUGGGCUGCGACAUGAUGCUGGGCAGCGAUGCCAAGGAGGACAAGUGCCGCAAGUGCGGCGGCGACGGCAGCACCUGCAAGACCAUCCACAAUACCUACAGUUCCAGUGAUCUGGCCCCCGGCUACAACGAUCUGUUGCUCGUGCCCCAGGGCGCCACCAACAUUAAAAUCCUGGAAACUGCGCCGUCGAACAACUAUCUGGCCUGCCGCAACCUGUCGGGCCACUACCAUCUGAAUGGCAACUGGCGCAUCGACUUCCCCCGCCCCAUGUUCUAUGCGGAUUCGUGGUGGAACUACCAGCGCAAGCCCAUGGGAUUUGCCGCCCCCGAUCAGUUGACCUGCCCCGGCCCCAUCUCCGAGAGCAUCUUCAUCGUGAUGCUGGUGCAGGAGAAGAACGUGAGCAUCGACUACGAGUACAGCAUUCCCGAGUCCCUGAGCCACAGCCAGCCGGACACCCACACGUGGACGCAUCGCGAGUUCGGUCCGUGCAGCGCCUCCUGCGGUGGCGGCACUCAGUCGCGCAAGAUCACGUGCAACAACCGCGUCAACCUCCAGGAGGUCGAUGCGGCUCUCUGCGAGAAGGAAUCCAAGCCCGCUGAAGAGCAGGCCUGCGGCACAGAGCCUUGUGCCCCACACUGGGUGGAGGGCGAGUGGAGCAAGUGCUCCAAGGGCUGCGGCUCUGAUGGCUUUCAAAAUCGUACCGUCACCUGCGAACGAAUCUCCUCCGAUGGCGAACAUACGGUUGAGGACGAUGCAGUGUGCCUGAAGGAGGUUGGCAACAAGCCUGCCACUGCCCAGGAAUGUAAUCGGGAUGUCAAGAACUGCCCGAAGUACCACUUGGGUCCCUGGACACCCUGCGACAAAUUGUGCGGCGAGGGCAAGCAGACCCGCAAGGCCACCUGCUUCAUCAAGGAGAACGGAAAGAAGCGUGUCCUCCCCGACGAGGACUGUGUGGAGGAUAAGCCAGAGGUGGAGAAGACCUGCCUUCUGACCCCUUGCGAGGGUGUUGACUGGAUUAUCUCCCAAUGGAGUGGAUGCAAUGCUUGCGGACAGAACACGGAGACCCGCACCGCUAUUUGUGGGUCAAAGGAUGGCAAAGAAUACCCAGAGGAGUUUUGUCAACCAGAGGUACCUUCUCUGUCCAGACCCUGCAAAUCGCCCAAAUGCGAGGCCCAGUGGUUCUCAUCAGAGUGGAGCAAGUGCUCCUCCGCCUGCGGCAAGGGGGUUCAGUCUCGCAUCGUCAUCUGCGGAGAGUUCGAUGGCAAAACCGUGACCCCAGCCACCGACGACACUAAGUGCAACAAGGAAACGAAACCGGAGUUGGAGCAAGAAUGCGAGGGCGAGGAGAAGGAGUGCCCUGGAGAAUGGUUCACUGGACCUUGGGGCGAGUGUAGCAAGCCCUGCGGCGGAGGUGAACGUACUCGCGAGGUAUUGUGCCUUGCCAAUGGCACCAAGGCCCUGAACUGCGACGAAUCCAAGCUGGAAUCCAUAUCCGAGAAGUGCAAUUCCGAGGCCUGCACUGAAGAUGAAAUCCUGCCCCUGACAAGCACCGACAAACCCAUUGAGGAUGAUGAAGAGGACGACUGCGAUGAGGAUGACAUGGAAUUGGUCACAGAUAGUCUGCCAGGCGAUCAGAAGAUUUCCGACGGUGUCGAUCUCGACGAUGAAGCCAAGACGGAGUCCACGCUCUUCACCGAAGAACUGAUGCUAAGCGAUAGCCCCGAUACGACUGCAUUCGAUGAGUCUGCCUCGACUGGCACUACGGUUGAGGGAUCAGGAGAUGAUGAGUCCACGACGGACAGCGGUAUUUCGACUGAAGGAAGCGGAGACGAUGAGGAAACAUCUGAAUCAUCUUCAGAUGCGUCAACAGACGUGUCCGGCUCCACAGAUGCGUCGAGCUCCAGCGAAUCAAGCGAUGCCACAUCCGAUGCCCCCGCAUCAUCAGUCUCCGAUUCUAGUGAAUCUACCGAUCAAUCCACUGAUGUUUCUGGUGGCUCGACAGACGCAUCGAGCGCCACUGAAUCGUCCAGCUCAGUGGAUACCUCUGAAUCUACAGAUUCUUCCAGCUCUACGGAUGUGCCCGCCUCGACGGAUGUUUCAGGCUCCACAGAUACUUCAGACUCCACAGAGGCUUCUAGCUCAACGGACUCAUCCAGCGAAUCUUCAGACUCCUCUGACAAGACAUCUGAUACCAGCGAAUCAUCCACUGAUGCGGCUUCGUCAUCGGCGUCUGAUUCCAGCGACACUACUGAAGGUUCUACCGACUCCACCGACGUUUCCAGCUCAACGGAGAGCCCCUCUGACAGUACCAGUGAUGGCACUUCGUCUUCGACUGAUUCUUCUGCAUCGACUGAAUCCACUUCCGAAGAAACCACGGAAACUACACCCGAGACCUCGACCGACACAACUGAGUCCUCAACCCUGGAUGCAUCUUCAACCACCGAUUCUUCCUCCACGAGUGAUGCUUCAUCCAGCACCGAUGCUUCUUCGACCAGUGGAGCUUCAAGCGAGAGUUCAUCAGAUAACAGCUCAUCAGACUCUACCGAUACCACACCUUCCUCCUCCUCUUCCGGCUCGGACAGCACUGAAACGACUGAGUUGUCCAGCGACGGAUCGACGACUGAGGGCGGAAGCACUGUUGAAGGUUCCACUGAUGUCAGCUCCACCGAUGGAUCCACCGAAUCUCCCGAAUCAACCUUGUCCACGGAAUCGACAGAGGCAGCGAGCACUGGCUCAACAGAAAGCACUGAGGCUGGAUCAAGCGAAGGCUCAACCACAGAGGGAAGCACUGUUGAGGAUGUAUCUAGUUCCACAAGCUCAUCAGAUGCCACGGAAUCGACUUCCACAGAUUCAUCAUCAUCCACUGACGUUUCUGGAUCAACAGAUCAAUCCGAAUCCACCGAAUCCACAGAUUCGGGAUCCUCGGAAUCUACCGAUGCUUCUGAGUCUACAGAAAGCGGAGGCACCACUGACACCACUGAGAGUGGCCCGACCGAGGAGAGUACCUCCGAAGGAUCCACCGAUAGCACCACUGAGGGAUCUACUGACAGCUCCCAGUCCACGGAGCUCGGCAGUGGUACCAGCGACAUCUGGAGCUCCACUGACAAUGAGGAAGAGUCAAGCACUCCGAACACCUGGGAGUCGGCCAUCACCAAGGACAAGCCCCGCAAGUGCAAGCCCAAGAAGAGCGACUGCGUCAAGUCCAAGUACGGUUGCUGUCCAGAUGGCAAGACCACGCCCAAGGGACCUUUCGAUGAGGGCUGUCCCAUUCCCAAGACUUGCGCUGACACCAAAUACGGUUGCUGCUUGGACGGAGUAUCCCCGGCCGAGGGCAAGAACAACAAGGGUUGUCCCAAAUCCCAGUGCGCCGAGACUCUCUUCGGGUGCUGUCCCGACAAAUUCACCGCCGCCGAGGGCGAGGAUAACGAGGGAUGUCCCGAGACAACCACCGUGCCACCCACCACAACCACGGAAGAGUCACUGCCAGAAUCCACCACCGAAAUCGAGGGAUCCGGUGGAGACUCCACUCAGGCACCCGAACUUGAGAGCAAGUCCUGCUCCUUUGCCGAGUUUGGCUGCUGUCCGGAUGCCAAGACCCCGGCGAAGGGCAAGAACUUCGAAGGCUGUGCCGCACCAGCAGAUGGACCAAAGGGCUGCGAUCAGUCCGAGCAUGGAUGUUGUCCGGAUGGUCGCACACCAGCCGCUGGUCCUGGAGGUGAGGGCUGCGCGGCCUGCACUCGCGAACAGUUCGGCUGCUGUCCCGACUCUGAGACACCGGCUCAUGGACCCAACGGCGAGGGCUGCUGCCUGGACACGUCCUUCGGCUGCUGCCCCGACAAUAUUCUGGCUGCCCGAGGACCCAACUUCGAGGGCUGCGACUGCCACUACACUCCUUACGGCUGCUGUGCGGACAAGAAGACUGCCGCCCGUGGAUACAACCAGGAGGGAUGUGCCUGCGAGACCACUCAGCACGGCUGCUGUCCCGACAAGAUCACGGCCGCCAAGGGACCCAAGUUCGACGGCUGCCCCUGCGAGACCACGCAGUUCGGCUGCUGCCCAGACGGACUCACAUUCGCCAAGGGACCCCACCACCACGGCUGCCACUGCACCCAGACGGAGUUCAAGUGCUGCGAGGACGACAAGACACCGGCCAAGGGUCCCAACUUCGAAGGAUGCACGUGUGUGGAGAGCAAGUUUGGCUGCUGUCCCGAUGGCAUCAGCAGUGCCACGGACGAGAAGUUCGGCGGCUGCGAGAAUGUCCAGGAGCCACCGCAGAAGGCCUGCGCCCUGCCCAAAGAGACGGGCACCUGUGGCAACUUCAGCGUCAAAUACUACUUCGAUACCAACUACGGCGGAUGCGCUCGGUUCUGGUAUGGCGGCUGCGAUGGUAAUGCCAAUCGCUUCGAGACGGAGGCGGAGUGCAAGGACACCUGCCAGGAGUACACCGGACAACAUGUGUGCCUGCUGCCCAAGAGCGUCGGACCGUGCCAGGGCUUCACCAAGAAGUGGUACUUCGACACCGACCGCAACCGGUGCGAGGAGUUCCAGUACGGCGGCUGCUACGGCACCAAUAACCGAUUCGAUAGCCUCGAACAGUGCCAGGGCACAUGUGCUGUCAGUGAGAGUAUCCCCACCUGCGAACAGCCUGUGGAGAAUGGACCUUGUGCCGGAAACUAUGAGCGUUGGUACUACGACAACCAGACCGACAUCUGUCGUCCCUUCACCUACGGCGGUUGCAAGGGCAACAAGAACAACUAUCCGACGGAGCACGCCUGCAGCUACAGUUGUCGCCAGCCGGGCGUACUCAAAGAGCAAUGCUCACUUCCUAAGCAAACUGGUGAUUGCAGCGAACGGCACGCCAGGUGGCACUUCUCCGAGAGCGAGAAGCGCUGCGUGCCCUUCUACUACACUGGUUGUGGUGGCAACAAGAACAGCUUCCCCUCAUUGGAGUCCUGCGAGGACCAUUGUCCCCGGCAAGUUGCCAAGGACAUCUGCGAGAUCCCCGCGGAGGUGGGAGAAUGCGCCAACUAUGUCACCGCCUGGUACUACGACACCAAGGAUGAGAGCUGUCGCCAGUUCUACUACGGCGGCUGCGGCGGCAACGAGAAUCGCUUUGCCAGCGAGGAUGCCUGCCUGGCGCGCUGCGAGAAGAAGCCCGAACCCCCAACGCCACCACCAGCCCCAGCCCCCAGCACCGUGGAUGUGUGUCGCGAGCCCGCGAGCGUCGGAGACUGCGAUCAGUACACCCUCAAGUGGCACUUUGACGGAGAGAGCGGCGCGUGUCGCCAGUUCUACUAUGGCGGCUGUGCUGGCAACGGCAAUCGCUUUGAGACUGAGUCCGACUGCCAGGCGCGCUGUGUCAGCCCCCAGGCUCCACCACCAGAGACUAGGCGAACUGCUCCGCCAGAGACUAGGGAGCCUCCUCAAUCUGCUGCUGUCCACCAGUGUGAUCAGCCAGCUGCCGCGGGCGACUGCGAUCAGUAUGUGCUCAAGUGGAACUUUAACGCGACUGCCGGUCGCUGCCAGCAGUUCUACUAUGGCGGCUGCGGCGGAAACGAUAACCGCUUCGAGUCUGAGCAGGAUUGCUCGGCUCGCUGCGCUCCCAGCGUAGACAAUCGUUUCGGAGAACCAGAGCCAGAACCCGAGGAGCCCCGCUCAGAGCCGGAUACGGCCAAGUGCUUCCUACCCGCCGAAUCGGGCAACUGCUACGACAACGAGACCCGCUGGUUCUACAACAGCCAGGAGGGACUCUGCGACGAGUUCGUCUACUCGGGCUGCGGCGGCAAUGCCAACAGCUAUGCCACCGAGGAGGAGUGCCAAAACGAGUGCAAUGAUGCCCAGACCACCUGCUCCCUGCCACCGGUGCGCGGUCGCUGCGAUGACAUCUCUCGUCGCUGGUACUUCGACGAACGAAGUGGCGCCUGUCACGAGUUCGAGUUUACCGGCUGCCGCGGCAAUCGCAAUAACUUCGUUUCCGAGAGGGAAUGUCUGGGCUAUUGCCGGGAUCAGGCACUAUCCGAGCCCCAACCACCAGCACCGACCUACUCCGUGUGCACUCAGGCACCGGAGGCCGGAGAGUGCGAUAAUCAUACCACGGCUUGGUUCUACGACAGCGAGAAGAUGGCCUGCACGGCCUUCUCCUACAGCGGCUGUGGCGGAAACGGAAAUCGCUUCGAGACGCGCGACCAGUGCGAGAGGCAGUGCGGCGAGUUCAAGGGAGUGGACGUUUGCAAUGAGCCAGUGACCACGGGGCCCUGCACUCAGUGGCAGACCCGCUACUAUUUCAAUCGCGAUUCCCGUACCUGCGAGCCGUUCACCUACGGUGGAUGCGAUGGAACCGGAAAUCGCUUCGGUGAUCUGUACGAGUGUCAAACUGUUUGCAUUGCGGCCCGCGAGCCGGAGCCUUCAGUGGGUACGGUCAAAGAGAUAUGUUUGCUGCCCCUGGUAACCGGCCGAUGCAAUGGACCGGCGGUGCAGGAGCGUCGUUGGUAUUACGAUGAUGAGCGCGGCACCUGUGUGUCCUUCAUCUACUCGGGUUGCUCCGGCAAUCAGAACAACUUCCGUUCGUUUGAGGCAUGCACGAAUCUCUGCGGAAGGCCCGUUGACAACGAGAUUGACAACGAAAUUGGACAGGGUCGCUGCGAGAGCUUCGAGAACGAGUGCCGCGAACUGCGCUGUCCUUAUGGCGUUCGCCGUGAGGCCGACCGAUCCCAGCCGGAGUGCACGAAGUGCCUGUGCGAGAACCCUUGCGAGAGCUACUCCUGCCCCGAGGGUCAGCAGUGUGCCAUUGAGAUUGCCAACACGGGAGAUCGUCAGUUUGCGCCUGUCUGCCGCGACAUUAACAAGCCCGGAGUCUGCCCCGGACUGGCGGCCAAUGCCAGCAACUGUGCCCAGGAGUGCUACACCGAUGCUGACUGCCGUGGCGAGAACAAGUGCUGCAGCGAUGGCUGUGGCUAUCUCUGUGUGCAGCCAGCCCGCCCCACCCAGCGGCCCAGCACUCGUGCCCCAACUGUCGUCUAUCCGGGCGAGAGCAGGGCCGCUCUAGAGCCCAAGCAGCCGCAGGAACUGGAUGUCCAGACCUCCAUCGGUGGCAUCGCCGUCCUGCGAUGCUUCGCCACUGGCAAUCCAGCCCCCAACAUCACCUGGUCGCUCAAGAACGUGGUGAUCGAUACGAACCAAGGACGCUAUGUCUUGACCUCGACUGGUGAUCUGACCAUCGUGCAAGUGCGUCAAACCGACGAUGGCACUUAUGUCUGUGUGGCCAGCAAUGGCCUGGGCGAGCCCGUGCGACGCGAGGUUGCCCUCCAAGUGACAGAACCCGUUGACACCGCCGCAUACGUGUACGGCAACAAGAACAUUACUCAGAUCGUGCAGUUGAACAGACCGGCGGUGAUUCGCUGCCCAGCCGGUGGCUAUCCGCAGCCGCACGUUAGCUGGUGGCGCAACAACAAUCUGUUCGGCAACCGGGAGCGUGGACGGGCUGAGAUGGCACGCGACUUCUCGCUGCUGUUCCGCUCCAUCCAGCUGUCGGAUCUGGGUCUGUACACCUGCGAGGUGUACAACAAGCGGGGACGCCCCGUCUCGCUGCGUGUCACGCUGAAGGCGGUGGGUCCCGCUCGGGCCCUGACCAACGAGGAUGCCCAGUACUUGCAGUAUGUGAUAGAUCCGGCCACGGCGCCGGUCACACAGAGACCCAGCUACCCCUAUAGACCAUCUCGUCCGGUCUAUGUGCCGCCGCCGACAGUGAAUGCCCAGGCUCUGGUGGCACUGGAUCCUAAGAACAGCUACUCUCCAGGCUCCACCAUCGCCAUUAGCUGCUCGGUGCAGGGUUAUCCAGAACCAAAUGUGACAUGGACCAAGGACAACACACCGCUGUACAGCAACGAGCGCAUACAGAUUACAUCCCAGCCCCAUCGACUGGUUGUCAGCGAUGUGAGCACCGAGGAUACAGGCAUAUACGGCUGCAAGGCUAGUAAUGCAUUCAGCUACAGCGUCAGCCAGGAGACGGUCACCAUCCAAUCUGUCAUACCUGUAUCGCCCGAGUGCAUUGACAAUCCGUUCUUUGCCAACUGCAAGCUAAUCGUAAAGGGAAGGUACUGCAUCAACCAGUACUAUGCCCAGUUCUGCUGUAGAUCCUGCACGCUGGCCGGCCAAAUUGCGCAGCCCCAUCCCAAUGCGCUGUAAUUCCACGCACUACGCACACAAGAGAAGCAGAAUUUUUGAAUUGAGUUUAAGCACACCGACACAAGAAUAAUUAGCAUCCUCAGGGCACCCCACCCACCCCCGAAACGAAGUGGGCGGGGCGGCCACUUCAAAAGCAGAGAGACCAAAAAGCCAACACCUACUCGUAUAUAGCCAUAGCCUUAGCCUGACAGAUCAAGAACGAACGAAAAGAACAUUUAAUUUAGUAUAUACGAUUAAAUAUCUGCCUACUUCCAGAACAAAUUCAAAUAGUAUUAGUGUUUUUUAUGUUUGUGUUCCUAUUUAUUCUUGAAUAACGUUACAAUUCAAUCCAUCGAGGAAAGCGGCUAAAACGAAUUUUCAUUUUACUUUCUUAGCAUCUACGAUCUAUUUGUGCAACGAGUAAAGCAUUUAAGCCUAAAACAAAUAAUUGUAAAUAAAUUAAAACUACAUAAUAAA